UUUGUAAUGGUUGGCAACGGUCCUCUGGCGGGCUGACACAAAGGGUUAGCCGAUACGGUAUUCCGUUUUGUAAAUUUGCUUGCGGGUGUUGCUCAUUAGUUUCUAGUCUUUUGACGCUGUGUUUGUUACUUGGCUUCAGUAUUAAAAGCUUCCAACAUACUACUGCUUUGUUUCUGUACGAUGUGUGGGCCACAUGGACAUAUUCCAAAAGAUCUGAAACUGGAUUCUCCGCUCCCCCCAGAUAACGGAGAGGUCGUAAUGGCUGUAACAAGCACACAGGACCACAGUAUCGCAACUGACCUGCGCACGCUGCUGGAAUCGGGUGAGGGUGCGGACGUGAAGCUGGUGGUCGGUGACUCUGAGCUGCUGGCCCACAGUCCCAUACUGACAGCGAGGAGUCCAGUUUUUGCUGCCAUGUUGCGAAAUAACAUGAAAGAAGCCCGCAGCCGCCAAAUUGAGAUAACAGACUUGCAAGAAGAUGUGCUAAAACAGCUGCUGUGUUUCAUGUACACCGAUACAGCUCCGCAGCUAGCGAGCAUGCUGGGUGAAAUGAUAGCUGCCGCCGAUAAAUACGAUCUGCCGUUGCUAAAAGAAAAGUGCGAGGAACAGAUAGCGCAGGGCCUGAGUGUCGAGAAUGCUGCAGCCGCCGCACUCCUCGCUGUGCUGCACUCCUGUCCGAGGCUCGAGAGUGCAGUCGUGGCCUUCAUAGCGACCCACCCCGAGGUGAUGACCUCUGCCGGCUGGAUAAAUGUCUUGCUGGGCAAUGCGGAGGCUGCAGCUCAAAUAUGCAGUCUGGUGGCGGCAGCGGCGCCAAGAACCAGGGCAUCAUCUGUGGAGCAGACACAGGACUUGGCUGAGAAGAUGAUAGUGGCAGCUAAAGCUGCCCGAGUGGACGAGUUGCAGAGGCUGCUGGGAAUGGGGGCACCAGUCGACGUGAGGGACAAUAAUGGGUACACCGUCUUGCAUCUGGCAGUGAUGAACGCAGGUGCAGAAUUGGCUAGACGUGGCAGAGCGAACACCUACGCGCAAGUGGCAGCGUACACCGGUGCGGAAACUGUGAAGUGUCUUCUGGACGGGGGAGCACCUGCCAAUGUGAAGGACAAGAGUCUGCAGACACCUCUGCACGCAGCUGCGUAUCGGGGUGAUGUGAAGAUCAUGUGGACACUGUUGACGGCAUCGGCAAAGGUAGACGUUAAGGAUCGUUGGGGGAAGACACCGCUCCACUGGGCUGCUGCCACAGACAAUGUAGAAGCAGUGAGGGCACUGCUUCUGGCUGGAGCAAACAAGGAUAUAAGGGAUCACAAAGGUCUUCUACCCAUAGACGUAGCAACUGCAUUCACUAGAGAACUAUUCAGUACUUACUAAACAUUACAUAAAUGUUGUUCUACUUCCAUACCUCUUAAAUAUUAAGAUGGAUAUGUAAUUAAUUUCUGUUGUAUCACAGAAAAUGAAAUAAAGUAUUUUUCAGAAUUUCUA